AGUCGCUGCUCGCUGAUCAUUCACUUUGGUUCUUUCGACGCUGACGUUAGUCGGUCCCGUCUUGGAGCUACCAUAAUUGUCUUUUACGGGUACUGCGACGCGAUCCAGAAUUUUUGUAAUGAAAACAUAAUUGUUACAAAGGUGUCUCAUCGAUUCAUCGAUUAAAGGCAAAUAAAAAUGGCUGAUAAGCAAUCUACCAAAAGGCGCACUAACAAUGUGCGUAAAAAAGUGAAACCUUCGUCAAAUAAAAGUACAUCUAAAUUACCACGACUAAGAGUACUGUCUCUUUUCGACGGAAUUGGUACAGGUUAUUAUUCAUUGAAGAAGCUAGGAUUUGAUAUUGAAGCAUUUUAUGCAUGUGAAAUAGAUAAAGAUGCUUUAAUGUUAACUAAAUAUCAUUUUGCCGACAACAUAAUACAAUUGGGUUCAGUCACUGAAAUAACCAAUGAAGUGUUGGACAAAAUCGGACCAAUUAAUCUGUUGUUUGGUGGUUCACCGUGUGCUGACUUGUCAAGCGUCAAUUUUCGAAAAAAAGGCAUUUACGAUCCAGAUGGUACUGGUAUAUUAUUCUUUGAUUAUUAUCGUAUAUGGAACUACCUACAAGUAAAAUGCCGUAGAAAUAAUACACCAUUUUAUUGGUUGUUUGAAAAUGUGGCAAGCAUGGAACUUAAGAAUAAAGAAUACAUCUCAAAAUUUUUCGAGUGCCAACCAAAUAUUGUCGAUUCAUUACACUUCAGCCCACAAAGACGGAGAAGGUUCUUUUGGGCCAAUCUCCCGGACAUGGAGCAGCUGUUUCAUGCCCGGGAGAUUGGUCAAAUUGGCAUCGAUGAACCAAAACUGGAAGAUUAUUUGGAAAAGAAUCUAGAUAGACGGGCUAAUGUAGAAAAAGUUGGAACUAUUACUUCAAAAAGAAGUUGCUUACAAGAUGGUAAAUCUAGAAAUCCUGUUAGUCAAGACGGACAAUACACGGGGCUGUAUAUAACAGAGAUUGAAGCCAUCUUUGGUUUACCUCACCAUUUUACAGAUGUCGGUGAUCUAUCAAUUGCAAGUCGCCAAAAACUUAUAGGAAGAGCAUGGAGUGUUCAAGUGAUUAAAAAACUAUUAAGUUUACUUGAAAACACAUUCGCUAAGUUAUAAUUAAAUUUGCAACAUUAAACUAACCUUUAUACAAUAUCUGUUAUUUUUUUUAUUAUUAUAACUUAUGUAAUAGACUAAGAUACUAAUAUGAAUGAUAGUAUUGGUUUAAAUAAAAAUUUUAAGAGGUUGUAGAAAAAAUUUAAUUUCAUGGCACAAAAAUGUCUUAUUACCCAAAG